AUGUUUUCUAGGACUUAUACAGGUAAUGCCACAUCUUUUUAUCAUGCAUGUAUUGUCAAUGACAUAAAGACAGUAAGACAGCUUCUUUUCCGUUUGGAAAGCGAAGAACUCGAUGCGGUAAUCGAUUCAGAUGGAAAUACAUCGUUACAUGUUGCGAGCCAUAACGGUUAUGCUGAUAUAGUUCAAUUACUUCUCCGGCGACGAGCUUCACGAACAAUUUUGAAUCAUGCAGGCCGAACUGCUGAGCAAGAGGCACCAAAUGAAACAAUUCAAAAGUUGUUCAAAGCCUAUUUUCGAUUACCUCCAGAACCAACAGCAGAAGGAAGUCACUUUGUAGCAGAAACAAUCGAAGUAGAAAAAUGGCUUGAUUCUUACGAAUAUGCCUAUCGUAUUUCGGCACAGAAUCAAGAAUAUUUGAAGCGGUGGUUAAUUAAAGUUCCUUUUGUUAAACUGGUAGAAGAAUUAGAAGAGAACUAUAUUCAUCAGUUGACCGAUCUGCCAUCAAUAUUCAUCGAAACUUUGAAAGAAUACAUGGAAAUGGCCAAAGAAUAUGAGAGUCCUAUACCUUUGAUCAAGGCUUAUACAGAACAACAAUGCUUUAGUACACGUCUUAAUGCGGAUCUUGCAAUACUUGGAUCGGACUUUCGUUUUCAGUCAUUCCAUGAGAUUGGCGAAGUAUUCUCCUAUUGUGAUACUGAAACCCCACGAAAUGUGGGCCAGUAUGUAUACGGUGCAAUUUUGAUCAACCAUCAUCUCUUGGAACCGUACCGUCAUGCAGGUCAAACGUUUCGUGGCAUGAAUAUAACUCAAAAAGAUAUCGACAGCUACGUUACAGGAAGUAUCAUUUUAACGCGAUCGUUUCUGUCUACAUCAAGAUCACGUGAGGUGGCUGAAAUAUAUCUGAAUUUUACAGAUUUAGAUAGACGUACUCCGGUACUCUGUAUUUACAUAGUAAAAAAUGCACGGUCAAGUCUCAACAUUAGCUCAAUGAGUAAAUUCGUCGAUGAGGAAGAAGUCCUUAUCGUCCCAUUUACGGCUUUUGAAGUUAUUGCUGUACACAAAGAUACUAAAGCAAUGUUUCACGAUAAGCAUAAUUUAUAUGUGAUAGAACUCGCUGAGUGCGAACCAAGGUCGGAAUGGCUGGUUUAA